CAAGGAACAAUCUGGACUUUUCGACGGUUGCAGCGUUGCAGCAGCAACUUGUGGUUGCUGUGCUUGUUAAGGAACGAUGGCGGAAGAGAGUGGAACUUACCAUGAAAUAGCGACCUACCUUGUUCGCUUCAUGGCAGCCUUAAACAAUAACAUUUGCAUCAUAAUGUCUGAGGAGGAAAUAUCGAAACCACCAAUAAUCGAGAGCAUGAAUCCAACAAUGAAGGACUUUGACUCGUCUGUGCCAGUCUUGGCUCCUGCCAGUGUCAGCAGCACGGACUCCAGCUGCGAAUGUUGCUCCAGCAGGCACACUGUGGAGCCAGAUGUUGUUGCAGAAAAAGAUCAACCGCCGAAAGAGAUUGAAACACGAAGAUCUAAAGUCUCCUUUGGUGAGGUCAUAUUCCGCAACUAUCCCAUCAUCCUUGGCGACCAUCCUGAUUGCAUUGGACCACCCAUCGCCCUGGAUUGGGAAUGUGUAAAUGAGGAACACUACGAUUUGGAAGAGUACGAAGCCGGGAGAGAACCGCGAAAGCAUGAUGAAGGGCUAGUGCUGGAUUGGUUACUUCGUAAGCGAAUGCUUCGGUGCUAUGCUGGUACGUCGGAAGACGCCAUGAACGAGAGCAGCCUAGAGUGCUCUAGAAUACGUCGACAACGGGAGCAAACCCGAAAAUCUGUGCAGCAUAGGUCGCAUAUGCGGCAUCUGCUCUCGAGAUUUUCUGGUGGUUUGCUUGGGGAUAAAGCUAUCAAACACAAGGACAGAAGCGUCCACCUGGCUAGGUUCAAGAACAAGACAACACCCGGAGACUCAAAGCCGACGGUGGAGGCAGGCUGUUGAGGUUUCUGGUGUUAUUUUAUUGACAAAUAAUGCUGGUGUGAUCCGCCCACGCCGUUACUGUUUCCAUUGUAUUAUCAUUAGCUACAUAUGCAUUACU